GGCAGCUGGAGAGUUCGCGCCGUGGGCCAUGCCGACGCAGGCGGGAUCGGGCACCGAGGAGGAACCGGCCCGGAACGGGGAAGCCCAGUGGCGGGAUUUCGUGAAGGUGGUGCACCCCCGUCCCUGGGAGGGCCCGGCGCUGCCGAAGAUGAUGCGAUGGGAAGUCAGCAGGUCUGCCCUGGUCCCUUCCGAAAGCCCGGCCGAUUUCGGCAGCGGGCCGGACGUGAUCGGGCUCCUGCCAGGCCGCAGCAGUGCAACCCCGGAGGUCUCUUGCGGCCAGGAGACGGGAGACAGCGACGAAGCGAGCACGGAGGCCCCGAACAGGGCUGGCAUGGAGGCGCGACGCCAGCGCUUCCGCCUGUUCCGCUACCAGGAGGCCGAGGGCCCGCGGGAGGCUUUCGAGCAGCUGCACGACCUUUGCUGCCAGUGGCUCAUGCCGGAGAGGUGCACGAAGGAGCAGGUCCUGGAGCUGCUCAUCCUGGAGCAGUUUCUCGCUGUCCUUCCCCCGGACAUGCAAAACUGGGUCAGGGAAGCUGUCCCAGAUUCUUGUUACCAAGCGGUAGCCCUCGCCGAGGAAUUCCUGCUAAGGCAGCAAGAGGCCGAGGGUUGGGAGGGACGGCCAUUUGAGACGUCUGCAGAAGCGGCUGUGGGCUUUUCCAAAGCAGAUCAGGUGUACUCGGAGCGCUACAGGGUGGUCAAGCAGGAGCGUGGCCAGGAGGCCAGCGUGCCGGAUGGCAAAGACCUUGCCACUGAGCAUGAUCCAGCAAGAACAGAACUGGAAGUAAGCUCUGUGGAUCCAGAUAAGCCAGAAGACUCUGCAGAAAGGCCAGUGAAAAACUGGGGAAAUCGAUCGGUUGCUGAUUCUUGGAAUGACCUUUCUGAAAUCACAAUCCCACCCCUGGAGAUGAGAAAGAAGAAUGCAAAUGCAGCUCUCAGGACAAGCCAGACCCAGAAACUAGGUCUUCACAGACAUCAGAGAAUCAACACAGGGCCGAACCUGCAUAUUUGCACAGAAUGUGGGCAGAGCUUCACACGGAAAGCCAACCUCUUCCGGCACCAGCAACUCCACACAGGCCAGAAGCUGCACCUGUGUACAAUCUGCGGGAGAAGCUUCACUCGGAGAGAAAAUCUUAUGAGACACCUGAGAAUUCACACAGCAGAUAAUGGGUGGAUGAUUCAGAAUGAGGAGGGGAAACUUCGGGCACCAUUAGAAGGAAUGGAAGUAGCUGAGCUAGAGAACCAAGAUGGCCGGACACGGCAGGAGAGAUGCGAAGCGGAGAACUGGAGGGAUAAAUCCCUGGAAGACGAGGAGGGUUCCUGCUUCGAAAUCGCAAUCCCGCAAAAAGUCUGUGAAGGUUUGAGGAGGAGUACAUGCCCCGUUUGUGGGAAAAGCUUCACUCGUAAAGCGACCCUUAAUAGACAUCAAAGGAUAGUACAUGCAGGCGAGAACCUGUUUACAUGUUCAGAUUGCGGGAACACGUUCAUUGAGCCCUUGUUGGAACACAGAACUGGCAACCCAGAAACUCACCCAAGGAAGGAUUUACAUCAGUGUGCGAAAUGCAAGGAGAAAAAUGCUCUAAACCCAAGUCUCAAUAUCUGUGAAAGCAUCCAUAGAGAAAAGAAACUUUUCAAGUGUUUGGACUGCGACCGAAACUUUAGCUGCCACUCACACCUUCUUAGGCACCAGAGAAUCCACACUGGAGAGAAACCAUAUUUGUGCCUGGCCUGUGGGAAGAGUUUCCGCCAAACAGCGCAUCUUGUUAAGCAUCAGAGGACGCACGGGAAUCAGGCACGCUUUGUCUGGUGAAUGCGACGGAGGAGAAGACUUCUCCUGGACAGUAGACCUUAUUUACAUAUCGGCAGACCCAUGGAGGGAAGAAAGAUGCACUCACAGAUGAUUUAUCCGUCUUUCCAAACUCAACCAAGUGUGUGGAGUACAGUUCCCAGCAUCCUCCAGACAGCUGCUUUGCAUUCAGAAAAUCUUAGGUUCGAUACAGAGUGUAUCCAGCUAAAAGGAUCUGGGUUAAGAAACGCUUCCUUCUGCUCAGGGAAGGGAAUGGGCAACAUUUGCAGAAGAAUCCCCAGUCUCUGGUGGCUGGGUGAAUAACUUAUGCAGGCCAGAUUAGGGCCCAAAGUUUUAGACUGUCCACCAUGUCACAGAAAGCUAGUGUACAUCUAGUUUUUUAAGAGAGUCCCAUGGUGUGUCAAGAAGAAAUCAUUUUGAGGGUGUGUGUUCUGAGUGUGGUAAAUAAUUCCGUGGUCCAGAGGAGCCCAGCAUCGGAAACAUAAACUGGUCACACCGGUUUGCUUCCAGUUAGAGUUUGUCAACUAGAACGUUUAAGGACUAUUUACCUAUGGUGCAAGGAGACAAAAUCCAGGCAAUUAGGAAGCAACGUUUAAAAUUAAUUUUUGCCCCGAUCCUGU